CACACUCGAUUUUUGGAUAAAUUUGUACAGACCAAGAAGUCAGAACCAUGUCGAAACUCUACAUUUGUUUUGUCGUAUUCAGCACCAUGUUUGUUGGGUUUGCCGUCGCAGGAAGUUUGCAAUUUAAGAACGUCUCAUCGAGAGGGCUCGACUGGUACGCGGGCAACAAGCCAGAGACGCGACAGGUCUCAAGCUGUCUCGGGGGACACUGUCACUCGAGAAAUUGCUGCACUUACUACUGCAACGCGCCCACGGACACAUGCUUGAUGAUCACAGGAAAACCAUUCUGUAUGGAUGAAGUAAUGGGACCCUAUAAUGCCAUGCAUUGCGUGGAGUCGCGCUGUCUCGAUUGCCCCCUCUCGUCUGGAUUGCACUGUUCGUCCAUCUUGUGCGAAGAUCUUGAAGGAUAUCCCUCAAUGAUGAUGUGUGACUUUAGCAGUAUUCGCGGCCCUGCCCAGCCUUAAUUUUGCAAAAGUUUAACUGAUUCACCCUUUUUGAGGGGCCGUUAAUAAAUUCUGUAACUCGAAACGGGGAGGUUUAAGGCUCUAAAGAUAUCGUGACACAUUUUAAACGGGGGAAGCGGGUCUUUGUUAUUGUUAUAUUUGCAUUACAUAAUUUAUGAACGUCCUUUGGCUCGUGAAAAAUAUUUGAUAUAUUUUGGUCUGUCGUAAAACUAAAUAGGUUAAAUUGAGUAGACUAAAAUAUAAAAUAAACUGUCGUAAA